AUGCCUGUCCCCCGCUCCCGUCCGUGGCCAUCCGUUCUCUGGCCAUAUCUCUUCCUCCUCUUCACCGUCCUCACCACCGUUCUCGCACAAUCCGCGACUCCGACUCCGUCCAGGACUGACUCCGUUUCCCUCUCAUUGACGACCGGCUCUACGACGAUUACGACCACUACCCGCUCCGGCAACCUGAAUAUCCCCACGACCGUUGUAGUCCCCACGGUAUUCAAUGUCACCAUCACCCCGACUCAGUCUGCAUCCUCAACCACGUCCGCCCAACCUUCCGCGACGACCUCCGCCGCGCCGGACUUCACAAAGCUUGACACCCACCUCGAUGGCGGCUUCGGCGUGCUAGGUGCGCUCCUCAUCCUGACCGGCCUGCCCAGCGCAUUUCUCGGGCACAAAAACCGCUGGUCUUCCAUCUUCCUUAUCGGUUUCUACACCCUCGCCCUCACCUGCUUCGUCCUCAUCCUCCGCUUCGGUGUCCUCAAUGCCAUCAACCCCCCCAGCACGACCCUCCGCGGCCUCUUUGUGCUCUCCUGUGGCGUCGCAGGCAUCGCCGGCGGCGGCAUCUCCAUCUUCUUCUGGAAAGCCGCCAAGUACUUCACCGGUGCAUGGGGCGGUUUCGCCUUCGCCUUGUGGAUUCAAUGCUUCCGCAACGGCGGUUUGAUAGGGCCGAUCGGGUUUCGCUGGAUCAUGUACAUCGCCAUUUCUGUGGUCGGCUUCGUGUUAUGCACGAUUCCCAAGCUGCACUACUACAUCAUGCUCACGUCGACUGCAUUCGUGGGCGCGACCGCGUUCAUGCUCGGGGUCGACUGCUUCACGACCGCCGGCCUUAAAGAGUUCUAUGUCUGGAACAUCGGCUUCGAGUCGCUCUUCACGAAGUAUCAGACACACGGGAUCAGGUUCCCCGUCACCCAGAUCAUGCAGAUCGAGCUGGGCAUGAUGGGCGCCGUGUCGCUCAUGGGCAUGGCCGUGCAGUUCCAGAUCUUGAAGGUCCUGCAGCGGAAGCUGAAGGAAAUCGAGUUCGAGCGCAAGAAGCAGAACGACGAGGCAGACGCUCGCGCCGCUGAACGCUUCAGGCAGCUCGAGGCCGAGAAGGAAGACUGGGCGUUGGCGCACCCGACGCUCCCGAAGCACGACCGUUCGGACAGCGGCCUCUCCGGAUCACCGUUGUUGGGCAAGGACGGCUUUGGUUCUCCGUACACCGACUCGCCGAUGGGCACUCCUCGUCCCCGCUAUCACUCCGGCCUAUCUGAGUUCAUGGCCGCGCCGACUCCCACGGACGAACUUAACCGUGCUGCGAGCAAGCAAAUGCAGACUCCCGGCGUUCUCCCGGCCCUCGACUUGGGCGAUGACAUCGAAGCUAACGUCCCGAGGACCUUCAUUGCGGACGACUUGGAGGCUGGAAACAGAUCCUCAAAGCCCAUGACGGCCGUGGAACUGGAGGACUUCAAGCGUCGCCAGGAGCUCUUGUCGGAAAUCAACACGAUCCGCAAGUCUAUCGAGCUGCUUCGGUCGGACACCCCAGUUGCGCUCUCUUCCAACUCUUCGGAGUCUCGCCACCCGUCUGGGAACUCUAGGCAGCUCAGUCAAGAGCUUGGUGUCCUACCGGUUGCUCCUGCGCACCUGCGCCCCCCACGCCAACGUGAUCCUCGUGCUCGGGUCCAGUCUAUGGAGCUCUUGAAUCUGUCUCAUGCCUCGGAUGUGGGUGCUUCCAUCGGACGUCCUACGAGUGCACCCCUGCGUGACGAUGACUGGGACGUCUAUCUCCACGAACGGAAGCUUCUGCAGCCACCGGCGGGUGUUACACCUCCCAUUCCAACCACUACGAUCAGCCCUACGCCGCGUAUUCCAGUUUCACCGGCCGUUGUCGAGGCGCUGAAGGAGCGUCAACGCAGGGAGGAUGUGUUAUCGCCCCCUCUCGGCGGCACGCCCGACAUGACAGCACUCAAGGACUCCUCAUCAGAAGACAUCCCUCUCGCAUUGCGCGCGCAGCAUCACAAGAAGACGAGCUCACAAGGCGGGAAUGUUCCGGUGACCAUCCUGCCGCCGAAACGACCCAUUGCGCAGCCCGCGCCCAAGGCUGCUGGGGCGUCGUCACCGCGUGUGAAGACGUUUGAAGAGCUCGUCGAGCGGCAUCGCGAGAAGCUGCGCGAGCUGCAGGCGCCGCUCACGCAGGCGGAGCAGGAGGCUGCGCAGGUCAACGACGCACGCGGACGCUGGGAACGGGCCAAGAACGCAGAGAAACAGGCGAUGGCCAAGCGACAGGCGGAGAAGGAGCAGGCGGCGAAGGAGAAGGCGCGCAAGUCCGGCGAGGGCCGGCGUGUCGCGUCUGGCAGCGGCGGAGAGGAGAAGCGGCACACACGGUCGCUCAGCGCGGAUGUGCUGGCGAACGUCCCCGGGACGCAGGGCUCGUCGCGGCGCAUGUCGACGAUGAAGGUCGAGGACUGGCAGCGGCACCAGGUGGACGUUGACGACGUCGCCCCCACGUCGCCACGGCAUCGGCCCCAGCAGGGCUCGAUGUCGAUGGGCCGGCGGCAGUCUGGCGUCCCGUUCCCUGAGCGGCGGAUGUCGAGCAUGCCGCGCGACCCGGUCAGCUGAAGUGGCCACCGCAGUGGGUGAAAUUCAUGGACCAGAGCUAAUGUGUACCAUCACUGCCAUGACGUUGAGACCAUAGGACUGAGGCGUCUCUCUUAUGCAUUCUGUCGUCUAUCAUUACAUAUCUUGUGAGUAGCAGCACUAUCCUGUUUCGUGCCCGCACCCUCCCCCUUUCCGUAGGUAGUAGCCCCUCUCAUGGAUAUUGGACUUCACAUUUCGGACUUGGACUAUCAUACAUUUUUAUUUCGCAUGGUAAUAACACACUCACACUCGCAUACCACUGUCAUCAAUGAUCAGCACUUGCC